GAUAUCAAAGACGAUGAGUGACAGAACAACUCGAACACUUGAAGGGCCCUUCCCCUGAACCGGAAGCCAUGCGGAACGAUUCGGGCUCCGCCACGCUGCACGAGCUCCUGCCGGUGGCAGUACUCUGCACGCUACUUGGAGUCGUUGCUGGAGCGGUACUCGAGCGCCGAAGAGGAAAGCGGGCCGUGCAACCCCCCUGUUGGCACAGGCAGCUUAGGCUAGCCCUGUACCACAUCGCCACUGGAGUUUUUGCCACCCACCAGCUGACACGCGCCUUGCCCACUGCUUGGGGCUCAAGCGGGCGCGUGUGGUCGGUGGCUCUCUUUGCUGGGGCUGCACUUGAGAUGCUGCUGCAUGCUGCCGUAGUGGUGGUUGUCGUGGCGCUGGGGCAUGAGCCUGGUGCGCUGCGCGCCGGAAGCGGCCGGGACGCUGCCAGCAUUAGUAAGGCGGCCAAAGCCAGCCGCCGUGGAGGCGGAUCCGACAGCCAGUAUGUCUCAAGCAUCCCACAUUGGCUCGAGAGGCUGCGUCCUGAGUGGUCGUGGACGUGGUUGACGGCGGCGCAGCUUGUGGCGACGGUGGCACAGAGCCUUGGCUGGCUGCUAUCCGCCUCAGGCCCUGCCGCCAUGGGGCUCAUGGGCGGGACCCGACAUGACGGCCGCUCCGGGCUGCUCAUGGCGUUCGUCGUUCAGGCGCUUGGCACCAUGAUGCAACAGGAGCGCCCCGCCGCCUUUACACGGCAUCUGGCGCUGCUGGCGUGCUGCUACAUGCCGUUUGAUAUCCUGACGAUGCUGGCGGCACCACAUUGGCAGCAUGCCAGCGCCGCGGGGGGUCUGCACCAGUCUCGUAAUCAGCCUACUAGCGCUGGCGCACACGAUGUAACCGCAACAGCGCUGCUCUACUUUGUAGCGGCGCACGCCUGCAUGGCGGCACAGGCUUGCUUUGUGGCUAUUUGUCCGCCGCAGGAUCAGCCGCCGCCCUUGCGGCAGCAGGCGGCAGGACGUGCGGCGACACCACCGGCGCUAGUACUCAAACCCUCCCACACCAGUCACGUGCCAGAACCACUGCUCACAGCACCAGAUGCACCUCUGCGGCGCCGGACCAGCGCAGGCAGCCCCACGCUUGCCCCGCACCAUCACCGUCACGCACAUCAGGAGCAUCAGCCGCUGCAGCAGCUCUCACAACAGGACGAGAAGGAGGAGCAGCAGGAGUGGGUGGCGGCGCAUAACCGUCCCGUCAGCCGCUCCGCAGCGCGAUCAACGGCACCGGCGCCAGCCGACGCACCAUCGGUCUCUACCACUGGCAACACGGCCAGUGGAAGCGGAAGCGUGGGCGUGCAAGGGCAGGCGUCUUUACCAGCACCAGCAGCAAUGGGUGCGGCGGACCCAAAUGGGCAUGGCGUAGAUCAGGCGGCGGUGCAGCGGCGAGGCUCGGCACUGCCUCGCCAGCUGCAGCUGCCUGAGGGUGAGCCCGCCAGUAGCAGCACUGCAGUGGACAGCUCGGGCUCUGUCGACCCUCCAGUAGCAGGCGCCGCGACCCAGCCAGGCGAUCCAUCCUCAUGCAGCGGCGCCGAUGACAGAGUGGCAGGGCCUCAGCGGGUGACAUUAGCCGCCACAGCAGCUCCUAGCGUGAUUCGCACCUCUGGGGACGGGUACGUGCCGGAGCCCACCUCGAUGCCUUCUCGCAGCACCCACUCCUUCCCCUUUCGCGAGCUGCCUGCCGCCCUGUCCACCCCUGUGGACCGGGCAACGGCAGGGGCUACGGACAUCAGUAGCGCUAUUUCCGCGUCUGGAGCUGCCAGCCACGAAGCACCCCCAAGCGGUGCGCGGUCACUGCCGCAGCUGCGCAUCCUCUCUGACACGCAAAGCCACUCGGCCGGCUCUCGAUCUCAGCGCGCCGGUGCGGCCAGUACAGGCCGUGUGGAUCACGCGCCCCCGGGCGUGGACGACUUGGUUUCGCCAUGGGCAGAGAGGAUGCCAGUUGUACCACCACCUGGGGCGCACCUGCAGCACGCUGCGGGCGGACAUGCUCCCCUGCAGCCCUCUUUGAUGAUGGUAGCCGCUGACAACCUGGCCGUACACACGCAACCUACUGACAGCGCGACCAGUCCCGGUGCCCCCGCAGCCGCUGCCGGCACAACCAGCUCGCAGCGAAGCCUGCAGGGCGGUGCAACCGCCGCAACCGCUGCAGCAGCCGCAGUGCUUGCGCCACGCCACAGCGGACUUCGGCAGCGGCACUCCCUGGGGCCCCGGAGGUCAAGUGGAGCCGGCGGCGUGGCACACGGGGAUGGAGGCUUGUCCAUGAUGAGCAGCACAGCGAGUGCAGCGUCUGCGCACAAUGCGGCGGCGGCCUCUUCGGCAGCGGCUGGUGCUCUGGAGUUGUGGCUGCUGCGCCGCGGCCUCGCGUGUACCAUGGCCGCACUCGUGCUGGCUGUGUACCUGCGCGUGCUGCUUGUGCCCACACCGGCCAGUGGCGACCUCAGCAGUGCUGCUCCCUCGGUCCUCGCAGCGGCCUUGCAGGCGCUGCGAGCGCUGCCGUCACUGCUGUGCCUUGCGGCUCUGGCAGUGGUUAACGGCGCCGCUGGCGUAUCGGCACUGCUGCUGGGCGGGCGACCGCUGCAGCUGGGACCUCAGUUGGCAGGCCUCCUCAGGCCGCUUUUGAAGGUGCACGCCGAAACCCGCAGCACCUCCGAGGUAGCUGCUGGCGUUGCGCCUGCUACAGACGCAGCACAGCCGGGCGAGCGGUCAGACGGACAGGGUUCGUCGGCAGUAACGUCGCUACCGCUGGACGUGUUGCUGCGUUGGGACGUGACGUUGCGGACUGCGCUGCCGGCAGCCAUGGCUGUUGCGGUGCGUGGGCUGUAUGGGCCGGAGUCGCCGUGCAGCUCGGACCAUGUGUACCUUUGGUUGGCGUUGCAGCCAGCUACAGGCGAGGUGGCGUCUACGCCAGUUCAGGAUGAGGGGCAAAGAGCGUCAGCAGCGCUGGCUGGCGGUAGCAACGGUAGGGGGCAGCGCUACAAACUUCUGUCGCUGGCCACCGUGCUACCGAUGCAGCUGUCCACAGCGUUGGCUGCACGGGCCGCGCAUACGCUGCUGGCCGGCCUGAGCGGCGGGGCUGGGACGGGCGCAGCACCAGCGGCGGCUGGAGGUGCACAUGAAGUGGGGCUCUUUGCGUUCGUACGGGCGCUUGUGAAUCUGGACCCUCGGCAUCUACCAGAGUACGGCGUUGGAGCGGCGCUGGCGCUGGGGCUGCGGGCCGUGCUACUGAGCGGCUGCACGACGGGCGGCGUCGUGGGUGCGCAGGUGGAACCGGACUCGGGCAUUGAGGCGCAGCAGCAGGAGCAGCAGGAGCAGCAGGAGCAGCAGCAGCAGCAGCACAGCGCAGGCGACAACGCAACCCCGUUGGUUGCGGAGCGGCAUCCGACCAGUGUCGCAUCGGUGGCGAGAAGUCUGGCUGCCGAGACCAGCCUCCGUAGUGCAGCUUCAACACAAUCCUCCGCAGCGGCGCUCACGGCCAGCGGCUCGUCGCACAAGCUGCUCUUCACAGGCUCAGGCGGGAGCAACCCAGCCUCGGGCCCGCAAGUGUCCCCCAGAACAGCUGCGAACGGCGCGCACUCGCGUCCAGCACGAGGAUCGGUUGCCAUUGGCUCCACAGGCGCUGUACAGCCCAUCUCCGUCGCCACUGCCGCAGCCUACAUUGCGGUCCCGUCACUUGCGAGCCCAGCCAGUGGCCCGCAGCCGUUCUCGUCGCCGCUGGGGCAGGUGCAUGCAUGGUCACCGUCGGCGCGCUCCCCGCAUGCCGUUGGGCCGGCGGAUCGAGUCCGGACCUCUACGGGAGGCGGUCCUUGGGGUGAUGGCGAUGCCGCUGGCCCGGUGCUGCCGACGGCCAGCACUGCUGUUGCCGCGCCGCCACCGUCCACUGCCGCCGCCGCGGUCCAAGCACGCAUGGCGCGCCGAGCGCCGCCCCGCAGCAGCAGCUUCAACCUGCGCCUGUCCCUCUCGUACGGUUCCCAGGUUCUGGCAUCAGCACUGUCACCCAUCACCGUUGGCGCUAUAGCGGUGCUGCGUGAUGCCACCGGCACCGCCACUACCCCCACUCCCAGUGCGAUGAGCUGCCGCCAGAGUGCCACGUCUGUCAUUUCUGAGCAGCUAGAGGCAUUGCUUGACCUCAAGCGCCUGAGCACUGCGAGCAGUUUGGGGCCUGGCGCGGCUGCGGCAACAGUAGGAGCAGUAGCAGCAGCGUCGGCGGCAGGCGCUGAAGCAGCGGGCCAGGCGCCUGCAUCUGCUGUGGGGCCUUAUGUUCGGACACGCAGCGCGCGACGCCGCCGCGGUUCCAACGCCAGCGUAGACAACGGCGGCAUUGCACUCUAUCGCCAGCAGCUAGGGGCACUGCUGGUGGCAGGCAGUGGUCGCGGUGCGGGCGCGGCUGGGUCGCCGCGUCAUGGCGUGUCGCCGAAUGCUGGCUCACGGCUGUCCGCCCUGCAAGCAGAAUUGCGUGGCGGCUGGGCGUCGGACGCAGUGGGCGAUGACGGCGAGGAGGAAGAGGACGACAUCGAGGAGGGCGUCGCGCUGGCGCUGCAAGCUGCAGAACUGGGAACGUGGGGCCGGCGGCAGCACGGCUCUAUGCCCGCCCUGGCCGCCAUCGUCGGCGGCGGCAGCGGCCGCACGACUUCACGCCCGGGCAGCGUGGGUGGCGGCUUCAGCGCCACCAGUACGCCACGGUCGCCGCUGCACCGAGCAGGGGAUGCGCUAAGGCCCGCUGCCGCACCACAGGAUGCGACAGCCUCAGUCGAGAGGGGCUCUGGCGCGGCUGAUGCAGCCUCAUCGGGUGCGGUGUCAGCGGCCAACGCCUUGGAGAGCUCGCUGCUGUCACGCCGCAGCCUGAGGAAGCUGGCCAGCAUGCCGUCGCGCCUGCGAAGCAGUGCGGCAGCGGCGGCAGCAGUUGCGGCAGUGGAUGCGGAGGUUGCUGCUACGGCAGCGGCGAGGUCAGGGCAUUCCUCCCGAACUGGUGACGGCGGCCUGGAGCCCGCGAUACAUGGCGGCAAGAGCGGGGCCGGCCCGCUUGGCGAGCUGUGGCGACGACAGCGCGCCGCCGCCGCCGCCGCGGCGGCGGCUGCUUCCGCUGCGCCACGCGCGCGGCGCCUGUCACGUGGGCCCCAGGUGCAGCAGGGGGAGGAAGGUGCAGAGGUUCAGGAAGAGAGCAGGGAUGCCCUUGGAUCCAGCGCCGCUGCCUCGCCUCUCGGUCUGGCGGUGGAGCUCGGUCUAGCUGCGGCGGCAGCUGCCAGCGGUCUUGGGGCCGAUGCCAGCGUCGGCUUACGCGGCGGAGGCGCCGCUGCAAGCAGCGUGCCGCUGACCCCAUCGGCACUGGGCGCGGAACAGGACCUGCGCAGGGAGGCGCUCCGGUCCCUGGUUCUGGCAAGAUGGAGGUUGUCUCUUGCCGCGGGCAUGGACGGUCAGUACGGACCGGCGGGCGCGGCGGGAGCAACGGCGGACGCGGUCGGCUCGCUCGGCGUAGUGCUGCCGGGCGUGCCUCAGGACGCUGAUGUGGUCGCCGAUGGCGUGGCAGGCGUGGAGGUUGGCGAGGAGGGCGACGACGACUUCAGGGAAGCAAUGUUGUCAGACCCGUACAGGGUUUCGACGACCAUAUCGGCAGUACUGGGCACCACGGGCACACUCGGCACUCCGCGCGUCAGCGCUGGCGGCAACGACGUUACAGGCCUUACCGGCGACUUUGGGCUUGUGGCCAGCCCGCACGGCCCUGGUUCGGCCGGCGCCCGCACCUGGACGGCGCGCUCCACCGCUGCUGCGGCAGCGGCGCUGGCGGAGGUGGCUGCGGCGGCGGACGAGCUGGCGGUCAUGUCGCCCCGCUCGGGAGCGGGCACAGGCGGCGAUGGCGGUGGCGGCGUUGCCGCCGCAGCGUCCCUCGUGUCGCCGCAGCUGUCAGGGAUGCUCUCGUUCGGUGGCACCGGCAUUGGCACCGGCAAUGCCUCAGCGUUGACAGGUAACUCCCGCCGCAGCCUGGGCCUCAGCAGCCGCAACACCAGCAUCAAGACGGCCAUCCUGUCGCGGAACAGCUCCCUCAACUACGGCCAGCCCGGCGGCGCAGCCGCAGGCGCGGGCGUGCUUCUUUCCACGGGCGCUUCCUCUAAGAGCCUCAUGUCGAGUGGCCCUGCAGCUGCCGGCGGCACAGUCAACAGUGGUGCUGCUGCACCUGCGGUCGCCACAGCCGCGCCUCGCACGACGGCGGCUGCAAAGGCACUGGCUGUGCUUGCGCGCUGGUGGUUCCUACGCGGCGCGCCUCUGCUUGAGGCGGCCUGGCUAGGGGAGGCCGGCGCGCUACUGUUGCAGCUUGCCUUCAGUCCUCGCAUCGUCGCAACCGGUAUCCUUGGCAGCGCAAGCCGUGGCAUGGGUGGCGCUGCAUGGGCCUGGCUUGCACGGGCGCCGCAGGUGGCCUGUAUGGCCCACCUAGCAGGCAUGGCCGCCGCACCCGAAUGGUGUGAGACAUGGGGCCCGGCGCUCUGGGCAGCACGUGCGAUGAUUGGGCCGGCGCUGCAGCACGGCGCGCUGGCUGCGGCAGGCGUGUCAGUAACGGCCGCUGGGCCCCUGCAAGCGGCAUGGGAGGCAGCCUACAUGACGGCUGCGCUGCGGCUGACCACGCCGCAGCACGGCAGCCUAGUAUUGGCGACGACUGCGGUCCUGGCACUUGUGACGCUUAACGGUGCGGGCCCGCAAGCAGCAUCAGGGAGCGCCGAUGUUGUUGGCGCGCUGUGGUCCCUUGAGGCAGCCCUUCGGCAUGCCGCUGGCUUACUUGCCGCAAGCACCGUCGGUGCCGCACUGGGAAUGGUCGCAACACGGGCACUACCGGCCGCUGCUGCAGGCAUGCUCACCAGCAGUGCACUGCGGCGGCAGCUGUCGCCACCCCGUGCCGCGGCUGCGGCGCUUUGGUCAGCGACGCUGCUCGGCGAUUCAGAGGCAGUGGCCAGCGGUGCCGCAAUGGCCUACCUCCUUGUGUCGCGAGCGGUGCUGCUGCGGGCGGCAAGGAUACUGCGCGCGGCCGUGCUGGUGCUCCUGUCAGGCGCAGCGGCUGCUGCUAGUGCCUUUGUCUCCGCCUUCCUUGCCAUCGCCAAGGAUGCUGCGGGCGGCAGCACCUCCUAUAUUGCAGCCGGCAACCUGACGGUGGUAUCUCCAGCGUCAUCGUCCUACAACCUGCGCUGGCGCCUGCGACGAUGGCUGGUGGCUUCGGCGGUAGAAACGGCCGCGACGGCUGCUGGAGGCGUGGUAAAUGGCAGCAGUGAGGAGCCCAGCGCAGCUGCGGGGCUGGCUGCCGCACUGCCGAGCCGAACACCGGCAGCGGUGGCCGUCGGCGCCCUCGUGGCGCUGCUGGUGGCGCUGGCGGCGGCACAGGCUCUGAUUCUGGCGGCACUGACCGGCGACGGCCGCCGCAUGUCACGUUUCCAUCGGCGCCAGGCCGCGCUGAUGGGCCUCAAGGGGCGGCUGCUAGCAGCUCCGACGGUGCUUGAGCUGCUGACAGAGCUGACCAUGAGCACAGACCAGCUGCUGGAGGGAUGCAGUGCUUGGACCAUCAUCGUGCCCACCUCCGAUGAUGCGGAGGCGCCUGGCGGCGGCCGUGGCGGCGGCGGAGCUGCCGCCAGCUCUGGGGUCCUCUUGGAGCUCCGUGUGGACCCGGACCUCCAACUGUGGCCUGCAAAGGCGCAUUCUGGACAGUCCGAGAGCAGCUCGCACGGGGCCAGCGGGUCAGCUGCGCCAUCCCCAGAGGCAACGGCGGCAGCUGCAGUGGCGGAGCGUGACCGGCAGGCAGCGAAGCGGCAGCGAGCCGAGCAGAAGCAGAACAACAUGCUGCGGCGCCGCCAGCCGCGGCCGCCCAGCAGGACCGGCGGGGCCGCGCCGCAACUGUUCACGAUCGACUCCGUGGCGCCGGAAGAGCCCGGCGCGGGUGACACCAACGAGCUGCAUUUGCUGGAGACAAUGAGCAGCAUUAUUAAAGAAGGAAAGAGCGAUUCAGAGGAAGAUGACGAGGACUCCACCGAUGAGUCUGAGGAAGACGCGGAGGAGGGCAGGAAUGGUGCUGGUAAAGGCGCACCCGCGGCGUCAACGGCGCCCAACGGAGAGACGGCGGCAGGGGACGCUGCUGGCCGGGCGCCAUCCGUACAGUUGGCCGAUUUCCCUUCUCUGCAGCUAGCCAUAAUCCACCGUACCGUCUGGUCUGUGCAUGGCCGCACCACUCGGGUGUACGGCGCCGCCGCGCUGUCCGAUACCCUCAUCCUGCAGCAGCCCACGCCACCCGAUCUGGAGGCCCUGGCGGCGGCAGUGGGCGCGGGUGCACUGCUGGUGGUGCCCAUGGAGUGCCUGGCGCAGCCCUACGGGCUGCUGGUGGUAGCCACGGCGCACCCUGCUGCAGCCGACCGGCACCUGCGGCUGCUGUGCCAGGGCCUGGCGGACGGCCUGGCGCAGGCGCUGUACCUGAAGCAGCUGCAGGCGGACGUGGCAGCCAGCGACAUGAUCAUGCAGGACAUCUACCCCUCGCAGCAGGUGGUGCAGGUGGUCAAGCGCCGCUUCCAUGCUGCCGGCGCGGCGUCGCAGCGGUUGAUGAUGCCGGGCAGCGCGACUGCUGCAGCGGCGGCAGCGAUGGCAGCUGCUGCAGGCUCCGGCAGCCCCGCUGCAAACAGCUUGCAAGGCUUCGCCGCAGGCGGUAGCGGGCAUGGUGGCGCUGGGCCAUUCAGCGCUGGUGUGAGGGCGCCGACGGGAAUGGGCUCGUAUGCAGCAUCGCCAAAAGUGAUCGCCGGCGGCGGUGUCGGCACCCCGCCCCCUCGCUCGGCAAACCCCUACCAGCACCACCUGGCCAGCGUGUCAUCGCCCUCAUUCGCCGCCACAACCCUGCCGCGCUUCAGCUCACAUGCUAGCGCAACAGCUGCUGCAGCAACUGCUGCAAGCGCUGGCGUCAGCGCCAUGGAUGGCGGCCUGGCCGGAACAGCGCCAGGCAGCGAGCCGGGCAGUGCUGGCCUGACGCGGGCGCACCCCGCAGGCCCCCUGCUCGAAACGACCAGCGCCAGUUUCUCCUUAAAUGAAACGUUGGAUGUCACAGGGCUGCCGGGUGGUGCCUUGCUCGCCAGUAGCCACAGCAUCGGUGCGCCAAGCGCCUCGCCUGUCGUGCCUGGGGGCGCCGGAAGCGGGCCCGGCAGCGCUACCGCUAGUGUUGUUGCCCAGGGCCGAGGCGUAUACGCGGCCGUGGUAUCAGCAUUCAGCAGUGGGUCGGCGGCCACGCUUGGUGGCAUCAUGUCCUUUGGCCGUGCCGACAGCGCGCCCAUCCCUGCGGCAGCGCUGGUAUCGGUUUCAGGUGCCUCCGUGACCUCUGGCCUCGGCCAUGUGCCUCUGGGCGCCAGUCGGCUGUCCCUGGAUCCGCACCACGGCACCACAAACGGCGCGUCCCGGUCACAGACCAUGACUUCCAGUCAGGCGGCAGCGUUGGCAGCAGCGGCAGGACUCGGUGCAGGCGUCAGCAACUCGGCGCCAGGUGGCCCAGUCAGCUGCCUCGGUGGUCCAACCCCUAUGCCAGCAGUGGCGGCGGCCGCGUGCGCUCUGGCGCCUGGGCUGCGCCCUGUAUCAGUUUCGGUGGCAGGCGCCAUGGUGGAGGCCGCUGUCGGCGCUCGCGGCAGUCCGCUGGCGUCGCUUUCAGGGUUCUUCUCAACCUCAGUGGCCGUGGCUGCUGCAGGCGGAAGCAGUGUAGCAGGCCCUGCUGCCGCUGGGGCUGCAGAGCUCACCCACGGGUCCGGCCUCAGCACCACCUUUGCAGCCGCCAUGGAGUCUGGCUCGGCGUUUGGUUCAGUGGGCGGCAGUCAGCAGCGCACGAUCAACGGUGCCGACUACGACGGUGCCCUUCCAGUGGGAGUGCCGUAUGCGAGGUGGCACUCUGCUGUGUCCGUGCUGUUCGCGGACAUUUGCGGUUACACCGCCACUAGCCAGGCGCUGCAACCGGAGGAGGUGAUGGCGCUGCUGCACACCCUGUUCUGCAAGUACGACGCACUCCUGGCCGUGUACGGCGUGUACAAGGUGGAGACCAUCGGCGACUGCUUCAUGGCUGCAACAGGCCUGGAGACGGAGUCAAGCGGGCACGCAUUGGACAUGGUCCGGUUUGGCCGGGCCAUGAUUGCCGCUGCUGCAGAGGUGACAAAUCCAGUGACUGGCGAGCCUCUGCAGAUUCGUGUGGGCAUCCACAGCGGCCGCGUCAUGAGCGGGAUCGUGGGGCACUGCCGGGCGCGGUACUGCCUGUUUGGCGACACAGUCAACACCGCCAGCCGCCUGGAGAGCACGGGCGUGCCGGGCCGCGUCCAGAUCGCAGAGGAGACGUAUGCACUGCUGCCGGAGGAGGAGCAGAGGGCGUGGGUAUGCCGGGGCCCGGUGGAGAUGAAGGGCAAGGGACUCAAGCAGACGUACCUUUCAGCGCUUCUUGACGGCGAGCCGGAGCAACUUGCGGUUGCAGAGGCCGAGGCCGCUGCUGCGGCGGCCGAGGCACAGGCCGAAUCAGCUCCGCCAUGCUAGUUUAGUCAGCCCUGUCGUGUACGGGGAAGCGUCGUAUACUUCAUUUGACAUUCGAAUUGCAGCGAUGCGGUUUGAGACGCUGGCGCAUGUAGGCUUGCACGAAAUAGCACAGGAAGUGCACAUGCCAUAAUAAAUAAGUUUGUACGGAAUAAAUGCGUCCUCAGUCCGCACUAUGAAUAUGCAACUUCACCCAACGGACACUUACCGUGUGGGGCCGAGGCCGCUGGUGAAGAGGGGGCCAAAUCAGCUCCGCCAUGCUAGUUCAGUCAGCUUCCAUGGCGAAGCGCCCGCUCGACCUCAAUCGUGGGAUGUCGGCACUUUACCCGCGUCCGACAGUUACAUGCAAAGGUGGACAAUAAGCUUGCCAUCCCUGGCCAUCCAACUAUUGUUUACGGUGAUCAUGCGCCUGACUUGGCCUUCAGUCUGUGCUGACUGCGUAUACUGGCUUAAGACUGCAUAUUUGCGUUCGUCAUGUUGCAGUCAAUUUUGCCGGUGGCACUGCCUGUCUGUUUCACGGUAGUUGAGUCUGUGAUCAAGGCUGGAACGUGUGUGGGCCUGUGGGGAGGCUCGGGUUUUGGUUGGCAGUGGGUGCAGACCGUGCCUGGGCCUUUGCUUCCUUCCGGGGCUGUUUACGUUUAGCUUAUGUCUAACUUAAUUGUGUAAUCUAGGCCCCGGCCUUCCUUGUCAAGUCUUGGCUACCUGGUGACUUAUACCAGGAAGCCAGUCCACGCGAUGUGCCGUGAAAUGCUGAUUUCAUAUGUACCCACACCCAUGCCAUCGUCCCUUCAUGUAUGAGUCGCAGCGUAGGCUGUCUUCACAGGAAUGCCUUUAGCAGGGCCAAUAUGGGCGCACGGCAAAGAAAGCAACGGGCACGCAUCAGGGGCCAGUUGUGCGCCCCUGCUGCACAAGCAAGACAGGCACGCAGCUCAUUCCGGAUCGAGGGGGAGGCCAACACGCUUGCUAACAACAAGAACACGCAGCAGCCGUGUGGGUAUGGAGGUCAGGACACGUAGGCGAGGUCCCAGGUGCGUCUGCGCCAGGCAGCGAAGGAGACGGCGGCGGCACAGGUGCAGAGGCGCUAUGUGUAAAACACCAAAACC